UGGGCGUGUAUGUUAUGCGUGUGAUUUUUUGACAGACGCCGUGUGAUGUGGUGGUGGGUGUUGUCAGACGGGGCGGACAGACGAGCAGAUAAAUAUUACAUUAAUAAAAUGAGUCACACUGCCGUCGAAAAGAUCGAAGCGAGAAUAAUUCAUACAAUGAAAAAUAUUUAACGAUGGAUACGAAACAAUCAAGCUGUUUAAAAUACCCGAACAAAAAAUUAUCAUUGAGGUGAGAAGUUUUAGGGUUUCUCCCACUUCACCCCCAACACCCACGUUAUUAUACGUUAUACAUACAUAUAUUUGAAAACCUAGCAUUAACAGAAAAAUAAAUCAAAUUAAACUAAAUAUAAAACGACAGACGUUAGCGGUCAAUUUGUUAUGUAUGUGAAGCGAGGUUAGGGAAAGGCGGUUGAGCCAUGAAAAGCCCUGUUCCGCAACGUCUAAACGAAGCAGCCUGCUCCCCAGGGACUCCGGGACCACUUGGAGUCCCUGGAGCUGUACAGGUGGGAGCAGCGCCUUGCUUGAUAUCAUGCCACACAGAUCUGGCCAACAGUUUCCAAGUAUUGAAAACUGGGAGACGAGAGCCCGGCGGUUAUCUUGCCAGCACGAUAACCUCAAAGAUGAAUGGUGGAAAGCAGCAGUUAGUGUCGAUUAAUGGAGAUUCGGUGCGCUGCGACAGUGUUGAAAUGGAUGAGGCACUGGCUUGCGAUGUUACCGCUGGAGUUCCAGCCAUAAACAAAGCACUCUGUGUUCACAUACGCGAGAACAAAUGGUAUGACGCAGCCAAUGCAGUUUCAAGUGGCACCAGCCUGAACAACGCAUUGGAGAGUAUGGCCUUGGCAUACAAUCCAACUACGAAACAGCUGUACGCACUUGAUGAGCUUGACGCAUCACCAGAGGAACGGCAAUCUGGGGAUUUAGAAUCCCUCAGCAAUCAAUCGGCCAGCAUUAUAGCCAGAAUUGAUGCAGACAUCGCCAAGAAUGAUGUGGCCAGUCUGAACAACAGUCCGAGAAGUAGCCUCCCGCGGUCUUGCAGUAGCACGGUUUCAUCCUUGAGCGAAGUCUCACCUUCCGGGAGCUUGCUGGGCCCAGAUGAGCCACACGUCUCGCCUGAGAAACCUAAGCGCUGGCCUCUCACUGGGUUCUUUAGCAAAACUGUGUUUUCUUGGAAGCAGAAGGAACCUCAGCAGCACUCGACGCCAUCAGGAAGCCCGUCGAGAAACGCAGACAAGGUGGGAGGAAGCUCGGCACUCAUUCCACAGCCUAGACCAUCUAAUUUACCAGCUAAGAGCGCUCUCGAGGAAGAGAGCCACAGAAAACAGUAUAACGCUAUUAUUGAGGCUGCAAGAAAGCGGGAAUUGAAGGAGGAAAAGGAGCGCAGGCAGCAGAGAGAGAUUCAGCUUAAAGAGGAAGAGAGGCUUGCUGAGGAUUCAUUAAUAUGGAGUACCCAGGUCUUACCCAAGUUUGAAUCACUCAGGGAAACUAAAAAAGUCAGGGAAUUAUGGUGGCGAGGACUUCCACCGAGCAUAAGAGGGCGGGUUUGGAAGCUGGCCAUAUUUAAUCAGCUCAACAUAACGCCUCAUCUGUACAAUUUAUGUCUGGACAGAGCAAUGUCACAUCCAGCAAACGAGAGUCUGGCUUCCAUAAAACUUGAUGUAUCCCGCACAUUUCCUACGCUGUGCGUUUUCCAAGAAGGUGGACCUCUCGCCGAAAGUCUACAAGGGGUUUUGGCUGCCUACGCUGUAUACAGACCAGACGUUGGCUAUGUUCAAGGCAUGAGCUUCCUGGGUGCUGUUCUGUCACUUAAUAUGGACCCAGUCGACGUUUUCACCUGCUUUGCAAACCUCCUGAAUCGUCCUUGUCAUAGGGCAGCUUUUACCUUGGACCAAAAACAAAUGAGCAUAUAUUACAAAGUGUAUUCAAGUGCACUUGCUCACAGGUUGCCAAAAAUCUAUGCUCACUUUACUGCCGCUGGUCUUAGUCCUGAUCUUUAUCUACUCGACUGGCUGUACACUGUCUAUGCUAAAGCAAUGCCUCUGGAUGUUGCCUGCAGAGUUUGGGAUGUUUUUUUGAGGGAUGGAGAUGAAUUCCUCUUCAGGACGGCACUUGGGGUACUCCAUUUACACCAGGAAGAACUACUCGGUAUGGACUUUGUACGUGGAGCUCAAUUCCUCACUAGGUUACCUGAGAAUCUCCAGGCUGAGGCCCUUUUCAACAGUAUUAGUCAAAUGUCUACCACCGUUGGCACCAGCACUUUUCAACAGAUGCUGGCUCAAAUAUCUUAGAAUUUAAUCAUUAAUCCUCAGUUUCUUUAAACGUACCUUACUAUUCAGCUACGAGCUUGUAAUCGUUGUAGCGAAUACAUUCCUGAUGAUGGCCUGGUUUGCAAUGGAUGUACUUGAGAGAUAAGAAUUACAUAGCAACUCAGAGGUUGCGAGAGAUCGGCGAUUGGACAAUUCGUCGUGGCAAUGAUGGAUGGAGCGAUCUAUUAAAUAGUAAGUAUACAUUGGCUAGCGUAAUACGAUAUGUAUGUUUGUAAUAUUUUGUGCGAAUCGAUGUGUGAACUUUCAAAGUAUAUGUUUUUUGAUGUUAUGCAACCCCUGACACUUGGGCAAUAAUAGAGUUCAGUAUAUAACACGAACAGAAUUGAUGUUUUUCGUUUCCAAUGAAACUGCAACGAAAAAAUUGAAUUGUUUUAACGUAAAUGGUGGUGCUAAAUUUUAUAAUACUAGUGCAAAGCUGCUGGUAUUGAUGAAUUAGUUAAUCAAUCUAUUAUCGAAGACUUCGAAAAUUUUUAGGUAUCUAUAUACAUAUAAAAACAGGCGACUGCAUAGCGAUAAAGUUCGAAACUGCAUAUACGAUAUAGAUAAUAAUAAAAUGCGUAACUUUUGUAUAUGACAAUUUAUUAUUUUCUAAGGAAGUAGCGGGGUAGAUUUGAACAUGCAAUGGUAGGAUUAAUGGUGAAAAACUAUAGCCUACAGUCUACAAUGCUGUGCUUUAAAAAGAAAUCAAAAUAAUCGGCAUUUUUCAAACAUCCAUGAACUUGUAAAAUCACCAAAGCUCGUACUUUUGGAAACCUGAGAAGCUAGUAGUAAAAUAUGUAAGGUGAAAUCUCAAGUUGGGCUGUGAAUUGUGUUAAAAUCGCAAUUUUUAUUAAAUAUUCACUCGUUAGUUGAAUCAACUCCGCUAAUACCCCUAAAUAAUCGGAAUCAUCGGAAUUAUCGUAAUGGUUUAGAAUACUAGCAAAUGCUGCAUGGCUAAAGUAAAAACGCCACAGAGAUGUGAACGGCGAUUCUUAUUUUGCGUAAAGAAAUUUUUUCCCAGCGAUCUUCGUGAUGAAUUAUCAAUUUAAUUAUUAUUGUAAUAUACGUACAAGAUGCAUAGGAUAGAGGAAGAAGAAAUUGAUUCUCAUUUUUGAAAAACAUCCACACCUAUAAUAUCAUCUCCAUGUGCAAGAAAGUAGAAUAGAAUACCCGCGACAUGUGGUCGUAAUGCUAUUAUUUAUUAUCGCGUAUACG